AAUGAUCACGAUAUUCUUUAUCUCAAAUCUCUGGCGGAACCCAGUCACCGGGAUGGAUGGGUGGCUGCUGUUGACAUAGGAAACAAGGCACUGAAAGAAAAUGCACUGUAUUAUCUUCCGGAUGAUUGGUAUUACAGCCAUAGGUUUAACCCUGAACAUCCUUUCCGUGCAUGUACAUUGUCCAGCCAUAUGGAUAUUACUCCAGGCAUUCAAGUCUCAGCAUUUCGCAAGAUCACAGAACCUAGCAGCUGUGCAGAUCAGCCCAGCGACAUCUCAGUUAGUGGUUUGCAGGAACCGAGCUCACCAAGGAGCAAAUUCCAAAGGCUAUAGCAACUACCAACAGCAGUGGCAACAGCUUACCCCUACUCUGGAGCUGCCUAUUGGUGCAUCUUGGCAGCAUUCACCUCCUCCGGUGCAGCGUCAGCCAACACCUCAUGAGGUAAAAACCUGUUGUAUGAUCCUCCUUUGAGACAAUACUCAUGGAGAUUAAGCUUACUUGUUCAAGACAAUUGUUGUUGCUAGUAGUUACAUAUGUAAAAGCCUUGUGUGUUCCAAACUGAAAUUUAAAGAGGUGUCAAGACUACA